ACGAAUCGGUGUGCGGAACGCUAUCAAAAAGCUGAACUCUACACAGACUCUGACUCCGCCAAGUCUCUCUCUCUCUCUCUCUCUCUCUCUAGAAUAGCAGAAGAAUUCUCUGUAAGGGAAUGAUGUGGGCAUGGAAUCCAUGUAUCAUCGCUGUCUGCUCUCUUCUCCUGCUGCUCCUACCGUCGACGACGCAUUCAUUCUACCUCCCCGGUGUUGCCCCUCGUGAUUUUCAAACUGGGGAGACUCUUCAAGUCAAAGUAAACAAGCUUACUUCAACUAAAACUCAACUCCCAUAUGACUACUAUUCCCUGAGUUAUUGCAAGCCUCCAAAAAUUAUUAACAGUGCAGAAAAUUUGGGAGAAGUUCUACGAGGUGACCGUAUUGAGAAUUCUGUUUAUACUUUUAAAAUGAUGGAAGAGCAGUUCUGCAAAGUUGCCUGUCGAGUCAAACUUGAUGCUGCAUCUGCAAAGAAUUUCAAAGAGAAAAUCGAUGACGACUAUCGAGUUAACAUGAUUUUGGACAACCUUCCUGUUGCAGUUCUUUGGCAAAGAGAGGAUGGAGCUCCUCGGAAGGUUUUUUAUGAGCGGGGAUUUCAUGUUGGGGUUAAAGGAAAAUAUGCUCAUAGCAAUGACAACAGAUAUUUUAUCCAUAACCACCUGAAUUUCAAAGUUAUAUAUCACAAGGAUCCUGAGAUUGACUUGGCUCGCAUUGUUGGUUUUGAGGUUAUUCCAACCAGUAUUAGUCAUAAUUACAAGAUUUGGGAUGAUGAGAAUCCUCAGUUGGUAACAUGCAACCAGAAAAACAAAACUAUAAUUCAACCGAGCACUGUUCCAGAAGAGAUUGAAGCUGACAAGGAGAUUGUGUUCACUUAUGAUAUUUCUUUCGAGUCCAGUGACAUCAAAUGGGCAUCCCGUUGGGAUACAUUCCUUCUUAUGAAUGAUGAUCAAAUCCACUGGUUCUCCAUUAUCAACUCUUUGAUGAUUGUCCUUUUUCUUUCUGGCAUGGUAGCUAUGAUCAUGUUGAGAACCGUCUACAGAGACAUUGCCAAUUAUAAUCAGUUGGACAGUCAAGAUGAGUCCCCAGAAGAAACAGGAUGGAAACUGGUUUAUGGGGAUGUUUUCAGGCCACCUGAUAAUUCCAGUUUAUUGUGUGUUUAUGUUGGUACUGGAAUUCAAGUUUUCGGAAUGAUCCUUGUCACGAUGAUCUUUGCAUUGCUUGGUUUCCUCUCACCUUCCAACCGAGGCGGGCUAAUGACAGCCAUGGUUUUCCUCUGGGUCUUCAUGGGCUUAUUUGCCGGUUACUCUUCAGCUCAUUUGUACAAAAUGUUCAAAGGAACGGAAUGGAAGAGAAUCGCUUUAAAAACAGCAAUUAUGUUCCCUGCUAUUCUUUUCUCGGUCUUCUUUGUCCUCAAUGCUCUAAUCUGGGGUGAGAAAUCUUCUGGAGCCGUCCCUUUUGGAACAAUGUUUGCUCUAGUGCUGUUAUGGUUCGGCAUAUCAGUGCCACUCGUUUUCAUCGGCAGUUACUUGGGUUUCAAAAAACCCGCUAUGGAGGACCCUGUUAAAACAAAUAAAAUCCCACGUCCCAUUCCUGAUCAACCAUGGUACACAAACCCCAUUUUUUCCAUACUUCUUGGAGGCGUUCUUCCAUUUGGUGCAGUCUUCAUCGAAAUAUUCUUCAUUUUGUCGUCCAUUUGGUUGAACCAAUUCUACUACAUCUUUGGGUUCCUCUUCAUCGUCUUCAUUAUUCUCCUAGUCACUUGUGCCGAGCUAGCCAUCGUGCUCUGCUAUUUCCAGUUAUGCAGCGAAGAUUACUAUUGGUGUUGGAGAGCUUACUUGACUGCUGGCUCGUCUGCGCUAUACCUCUUCUUAUACUGCACAUUCUAUUUCUUCACCAAGUUGGAAAUUACAAAGCUAGUUUCUGGGAUCCUUUACUUUGGGUAUAUGUUAAUCGGAUCAUACGUGUUCUUUGUCCUAACCGGAACUAUUGGCUUCUAUGCAUGCCUGUGGUUUGUUCGUAAGAUUUACUCUUCUGUGAAGAUUGAUUAAUUUUGACAAUUCAAAAGAAACCACCCGGCUGGCAACUUGAUUUCAAGAUCAUGAUUUUACUGCGAGCUUACAAGCAAUAUACAGAGCUAAUUCUCCUCUUGGAGUUCAUAUAUCUUUCUAGUGGUUCUCAUAUCGCCUAUGCAGGUUAGGUUAUGGCUUUGUAACUAUACUUUCUGUGAGAAACUCUUUGCCUUGAUUACAUCUUGAUCAUAAAUUAGAGCCUACUUGCAAGCAGUUCAAAUAGCUAUAUACUUGAAAUUUUCUGCUUGAGGGUGUGUAGUGUAAAUUUUUUAACAUAGUGAAUAACUGUUAUACAGAGAGUCUAGACAAA